CCGGGGGGGCGGAGAUGGGGGUGGGGAAGGAAAGAGAGAGGGGGAGCGCAAGGCCGCCUUCCCUGCCUCCGCUCCCGCCUCCGAACGGUCUCGGGGCGCUUUCGGGGGGGUGGUUUUGUUAUUCCCCGCCCCCCUGUGCCGGAAGCCCCGCCCCUCCAGGUUUCGCGUCCCGCCAAUGGGACGCCCAGGUCGCGCUCUGCGCCCCGCCCCUGCCCCGCCCCCGGCGUCUUACCCGGGAGUGGGCGGCUGCCCCCCUUUGUCCCGGGAAGCGGGGUCCGGGGUCGGGCGGUCGGAGGGGGGCGGGGGAUGGGCUUAUUGGGGGCAGGGAAGGGCAGACAUUAUGGAGGAGGGUGCUUGUGGGGCCUACAAGACUACGCUCUUUCCCCGCGGGCCGGCCCCUCGAUUCCCCUGCAGAAGCCCCGGACAGCGCCUUCCAGAUGCCCGAGUCGGAGGACUUGAGCCAGCUGCGCCGGAUGAACCUGGAGCUUCUGCGGCAGCUGCGGGUGGGGCAGGAGGAGAUCCGCAAGUCUGUGGCCUGGGCCAAGGGGGCAGCCCAGCUGUUCCCAAAGCUCCGGAUCAGGGAGGGGAGCAGCCUCCAGGUGCCCGAGGCCUGGUGCGGCCAAGAGGAAGAGGCCCUAGUGUCCAGCGCGCCCCGACGCCACGUGGGCCGCCGCCCAGCCCUUAGUGCGGCCACCGGGGACGGAGAAGCCUCCGAGCAGGAGCACAAAGGCAGGAGCCAGGAGACGGCCCUGAAGAGCCUCCUGGGCAGCAGCAAGACUGUGCAGAGCUUGUCUCUCGCCAAGUCCCCGCCCUUCAACCAGCCCCAGGGGCAGGAGCCCAAGGACUUCCAGAGGCCCAGUUCCAGACUCAGUUCAGCAAUCUUGCCGUCUUCCCCCAAGGCCUUGGACUUGGGGCCCACAAUCGAUCCCCUGAACUUUGGGGUCCAGAGGCCAUUCCGUGAAACAGAAAGCCUGGGAGACCUCAGCUCCAUCCAGCAAUGGCAGAACUUCGAGGUGCCUCCCUGGUUCGGUUCUCAGUCCAUCCAGCCACAGUUGCGCUGGGUCCCCACCUCUUCGGCCCUGCCUGGAGAACAAUUGCCCUAUUAUCCCCAACAUAAAGAUUUUCUGGUUCCUGAUGAGAGCUGGCGUACAAAGCCUUAUUUAGGUUAUGAUGUGAUCGCAGGGUUGCUGGACACGGCAUCUCCUGUCAUCCAUAAGUCUGAAAACUACUACUCGGAACUUCAGGAUUUUCGGAAGGCUAAUAAGGAAGAAUGUAUUUCCAGAUACCCAGAGCUGGAUCCUCUGGACUUGCCCUCUUCUAGAAACAAGGGAACUCCAGAUUCCCAUCAGUGUUUACAUUGUUACCGAGUGAACCAGCGUCUGUUUACAGUUCCCCUGGAUCCACUGGCCACCUGCCCUGUGUGCAAGACCUCCCGUGGCCAGAAGGGCCGGGAGACCCUAGAUCACCCUACCCAAAUCAGAGUGAGCGUCCCCUUGUCAACCUUCCUGCCCCCCCACCAGUACCCCAUUCAUCGACGCAAAAGCUUCGACACCUCCGACACCAUGGCUUUGCCCCGGCACUGCCUCAUGGGCUGGGACAACAUCCCCAUGCCGGCAUCCAGCAGCUCUGCCCUGAGCAGUCUGGACCUCAGGACCUCCUUGGACCCUGGUGCUCAGCGGGCAGAGCUCUUAGACCACUACCGCUCGUCAUCUAGGACUUCCAGCUGGUGCUGGUCCGACCCGCUGCUCUCCAUGUCGCGAGCCACACAGUUCCAGCUGAGCAACAUUUCUGAGCGCUACUGGUCGGGUGGCAGGCGCUUCCCCCGGCCGUGAGGGCCCGUCCCAUCCCCAGCCCCCUCUGUUGGUGGGAAAGGCCCAGGCCCCUAAGAGGGAAAGGCCGAGAUUCCCCCCGGCUAUCCCUGCAACAGGGGCUCGUUCUCCUUUGGGCCAGACUUCCAGGUUGGAAUUAUCCAGAGGCGUCUACACGCUGCGGAAUACCACUGUGGUGUCCACCGUCCCCUGGCCCCCACCCCUCAGGGAAGGAGCUGGGAGACAAGGGCAUGGGCUUGGGGCUCGGGCCCAGGCACCCCUGGGUCCUGUGCGCAGUGAUUGCCAUGAGGACAGAGGCAGCUGUUUGUGCCUUUUUAAAAAUAAAGCUGAGCUCUCUCAGGA